AGCCGAUCGCCGGACGCUGCCGGAGUCACUGCCACAACCCGAGCCUCGCAGUCGGGUCGGAUCGCGAGCCGGAGCUGGUUCGCAGGCCCUGCUGGAGCCAAGCCGCCUGACACCCACCGAGCUCGUGGUAAGAGGCUCUCCGGAGUGUCACCGUCUCCUUCCUGGGCACCGGCGGAGGCAAGGAGCCGCGCGACACCUCGUUUACCUCCACUCACCCAUCUCACUCAGAGCUUGGAGCCGGAUUGCCUCUGCCAGGUCUGGUCCCGGCCUGACCACCCAGGAGGUCCAGGAGUCAGGCUCCUCAUCCCUAAAGGCCUGGGGACAGAAGAGGGGAAGAAAAAAAAAAAUAAUAGGGCAAAGAGGAUUCCACGUAGGAGCAUGGAGUGAGCGUGGGGCGCGAAGGAGAGUGGAUAUUUAUUUCACCCUGGCACUGGGCAACAGCGCCUGAGGCUUACGAGGCCUGGCGAGAGCUUGGCGUCCCGGCAGCCACGACCUCGGCACUGUCCUGACUGAACCAGGACACUCAGCUGGCCCAGGCCUGGCACGAGGAGGAACGGUGCCCUCACCUGCCUGAGCCUUGCACAGGGCCUGAGGACUCAGGAUCAGCGACAGCGUGGGCAAUCUCCGGUGGUCCAGAGCUCGCCGCUUGCCCCCAUCUCCACUGGCGCGGAUGUGCCGCUGCCCUCUGGAGCGCCAUGAAGGCAGGAUGACCUCAGCCGAAGCCGUGGCAGUGACUGGACGUGCCCGGGAGGCUGGACCCCCCAAGUGGCCUCCUGACAGCCCCCAAGUCGUGGGUCAACCUGGCCGGACCCAGGUGGCAGUGGCAGCUGUGGUGUGGCUGCUGGCAGGAGCUAGCAUGUCAAGCCUCAACAAGUGGAUCUUCACAGUGCACGGCUUCGGUCGGCCCUUGCUGCUCUCGGCCCUGCACAUGCUGGCGGCAGCAUUGGCAUGCCACUGGGGGGCCCGGCGCCCCAUGCCAGGCAGCACCCGUCGCAGAGUGCUGUUGCUCAGUCUCACCUUCGGUACCUCCAUGGCCUGUGGCAACAUUGGCCUGAGCACUGUGCCCUUGGACCUGGCACAGCUGGCCACCACCACCACGCCACUGUUCACACUGGCCCUGUCCGCGCUGCUCCUUGGCCGGAAACACCAUCCACUGCAGUUCGCUGCCAUGGGCCCACUCUGCCUGGGGGCUGCGUGCAGUCUGGCUGGAGAGCUCCGGGCACCCCCAGCUGGCUGUGGCUUCUUGCUGGCCGCCACCUGCCUCCGAGGGCUCAAGUCCGUUCAGCAGAGUGCCCUUCUACAGGAAGAGAGGCUGGAUGCCAUGACCCUGUUGUACGCCACCUCGCUGCCCAGCUUCUGCCUGCUGGCGGGUGCUGCCCUGGUGCUGGAGGCUGGCGUGGCCCCACCACCGGCCCCCACUGACUCUCGCCUCUGGGCCUGCGUCCUGCUCAGCUGCUCCCUGUCUGUGAUCUACAACCUGGCCAGUUUCUCCUUGCUGGCCCUCACCUCCGCCCUCACCGUCCAUGUCCUGGGCAACCUCACCGUCGUGGGCAACCUCAUCCUGUCCCGGUUCCUGUUUGGCAGCCACCUCAGCGCCCUCAGCUACGUGGGCAUUGCGCUUACCCUUUCAGGAAUGUUCCUUUAUCACAACUGCGAGUUCGUGGCCUCCUGGGCUGCCCGCCGGGGGCUGUGGCACACACACCAACCUGUCAAGAGUCUUUGAGACCAGGGGGAGCUCGUGAACUGCACCCGGGAGGUCCAACCCUGGCCAGUGGCCAUGGGGAAAGUGGAGAGGAGGCAACGAUCUCUUCCGGGCCGAAGAGGGGCAGCGCCUUCUGGAAGGGCUGCCUGGAAGGCUGGACAAGGGACUUGCAGAGGAGCCCACCUCCUGUCCCUCCCUGCCUGGCUCUGCCUCAGCCACACCUGCCACUGGAUGGUGGGUCCAGGUCUGGCACAGUCAUUGUGCUAAUCAGGCUAAUUAUUAUAAUUAGUAUCAACUCCUACGUGGAAAAUUGCUCGGAAAACCUCCGUGUGUUAUGACAACAGUGAUAUGAUAUAUACCUGGCGGGUACACAAUCCUCCCUCUAGGUGGGGAGACAGCGAGGGAACCCUGAAAAGGGCUUUUUCAUUGUUGAACUUCCCCCAAGGACUUGGGGUAGCCUAUGCCAACUGCUGCUGCCUCACACCUGUUCCCCCCUCCCCAAUUUUGGGUCUUCCAUCUUCAAAUAAACUAUUUUUGCUUGGA